GUGUGUACAUAAUCCUUGGUUGUGUUUUGAUCUUUUCGGUACCCGCAGGCUAUGUCCGCAGGUACCGCGCAGCCACUAACUGACAAAAAUUUAAUUUGUCAUUACGUCGUUCAUCAAUAGUUAAACAGUUAACAUAAAAGAUGACCCGACCGUCAUCGCAAAUCGACACCUUGAGCCUGCUUUGGACACAACUUAAUGUGUCCAGAAAAACAACAGGAGCAACGGUGCAGGCAUUACGCAUGUGACCUGUAAACCAAUUUAAAAUGCCGAAGGUAGAAAAAAUUGAUGGAGCGUCCGCGGAGGAGCGGUUGGCGGGCGUGGAGUGCGAGCUGCGGGAGGUGCAGGCCAGCAUCCAGGAGUUGCAGGAGCGCAGGAAACUCCUGGAGCGGGAGCGCGACAAGCUCAAGGACUCCAUGCUGCUUGAGAAGAGCAACUCCCUGGCCAGCCAGAACUGGGACGACCGCAGCUUCCCGUGGUCCAGCCGGGUGGACGAAGUGCUGGCCGGCGUGUUCCGGCUGCCCGGGUUCCGGCCCCAGCAGCUGGCCGCGGUGAACGCCGUCCUGAGGCGGGAGGACGUGAUCCUCAUCAUGCCGACGGGUGGGGGCAAGAGCCUGUGCUACCAGCUGCCCGCCCACGUGCGUCCCGGCGUGGCGCUGGUGGUCUCGCCCCUCGUGUCCCUCAUGGAGGACCAGCUGAUGGCGCUCCGGCGCCUGGGCGUGGCCGCGGCCUUGCUGAGCGCCGGCGUCCCCCGGCAGGAGGCCGCCGACGUGCAGAAGUCGAUGUUGGACAGCAAGGCCCCGCUGAGACUGCUGUACGUCACGCCGGAGAAGUUGGCCAAGAGCAAGGGCUUCAUGACGAAGCUGCAGAAGAUGUACCAGCUGGGGCGGCUAUCGCUGAUCGCCAUCGACGAGGUCCACUGCUGCUCCCAGUGGGGGCACGACUUUCGACCAGACUACAAGUUCCUGGGGGUGUUGAAGCCGAUGUUCCCGGAUGUGCCGAUCCUGGGCCUCACUGCCACGGCCACUUCUCGGGUCACGGUCGACGUACAGAAGAUGCUCGGCAUCCAAGGCUGCCUCGUGCUCAAGGCCACCUUCAACCGACCAAAUUUGUAUUACGAGGUGCGACAGAAGUCGUCGGUGCAGAAGGAGUGCCUGGACGAGCUGGCCGCCCUGCUUAAGGGCAGGUACGCCGGCCAGUCGGGGAUCAUCUACGCCACGUCCAUCAAGGACUGCGAGGACGUGAUGCAGGAGCUGAGGGCCAGGGGCCUGCGGGUGGGCUGCUACCACGCCAGCCUGGACGCCGCGCUGCGCAGCAAGGUGCACCGCAAGUGGAUGAGCGGCGAAUACCAGGCCGUGGUGGCAACGAUUGCUUUCGGUCUCGGCAUCGACAAGCCUGAUGUCAGGUUCGUCAUUCACCACUGCCUGUCAAAGUCCAUGGAGAAUUUUUAUCAGGAGAGCGGCCGUGCCGGCAGGGACAACAAGGACGCGGACUGCAUCGUGUUCUACCGCUUCACGGACGUGUUCAAGCUGAGCACGAUGGUGUUCACCCAGCAGACGGGGCUGGAGAACUUGUACGGCAUCGUGGCGUACUGCCUCGACACCAACAGGUGCCGGCGGUCCAUCAUCGCGUGCCACUUCGGCGAGGCGUGGGAGUCUGAGGACUGCAACGGCAUGUGCGACCACUGCCGGCAGCCCCGCGAGGUCAAGCAAGUGGAGAUCACUGCGUACUGCCGAGCGCUGUACCGCAUACUGGCCCACGCCGCCAGCUCCGACACACGCCUAACAGCCCAGAAGCUGGUGGAUGCGUGGCUCGGCAAGGGCGCGGCCAGCCUGCGCGUGCGCGACCUCGCGGUCCCGGGGCUGUCCCGGGAGACGGCGGAGGCCGUGGUCGCCCACCUCCUGGUCGAGGGCUACCUCAAGGAGGACUUCCACUUCACGCCGUACAGCACCAUCAGCUACAUGCGCCGCGGGCCGAAGGCAAACAUUGCGGAGUCGAGCGACCACAAGAUCCACAUGAAUGUCAGGGGCAAAAGCCUGCCAGCCAGCGCAGCACCAACAACAAGGAGUUCGCCGAAACAGGCGGCCACGAGCCACACGGAGAAAGCUGCCAAGAGCCCAGCGAGCCACAUCAACGGCAUUGCGAAGAAGCGCAAGGCUAGCGACGGCAAGCGGAGAUCCUCGCCUGAUGCCAGUGGUUCCAGCAAGAAAUCUGCUCCCUCAAGCUCCAGUUCCAUUGGCGGUGGUGAUGAUGAUGAUGAUGAUGAUGAUGAUGAUGAUGAUGACGACGAUUUCGGGAUUAGCAGUGAGCCUCCAAAGAAAAAGAAGAUAGUGUCCAUCGUAUUGAGUAGCGACUCGGACGAUGGCACAUAAUUAGUAGGUCGUGGCCCACAUAAACGUGAUGUUGCUCUGUCAAUGUCAACCGAUCAUCACUUGAAAUUCAGGGUCACCAACACGCAUAAAGUCCAAGCUUCAAAGUUACUGACGUGUUGGAAAAUCAGUAGUUGAGAAUGCAAUAUUUCCAUGUUUGUGUGACAGUAAGACGACUUCAUUCUGAAAAGCAGCGAUUCAUAAUCUUGUAGACCACAUCUUCUUUAACGUAUGUUUAUUGUUACAUUGUUUAUAUAUUUCAACUGUACUCAUUUAAAAGGGUAAGAAAAAAUAUGUUUUUUCAAUCAUUUGCAUUUUUAAAUCAGCUCCAUGUAUUUUUAACAUCUAGUCUUUAAUAUUUACUAUUUAUCUUCUCCAGUAUUACUCUCUAGCCCUGCAAUCAGCAAUAAAUAUCUGGUGUUAUGGUCAGUGUAACCAACAUUGAUAUAUUGUAUACAAAAUAACAAAUUGGUAUAAUUUAAAGGAAUCUGACAAAUGAAAACAAAUAUGUACAUGCAUACAUACUUGUUGGCUCAUUAAUGAAAAAAUAAAAUAUAUAAUGACAAGUUAUUUUAAAAAAAU